AUUUGGAAACUUCUCAGAAAAAGCCAUGGGCGCAGACUUUAGCACGGUGAAGAUAAGAAAGAUCACUUCUUGCUCCAUCUGCAAGGCCAUGAUGUAUCACCCAGUGAGCAUCAACUGUGGACACAGCUACUGCAAAUCCUGCAUACAGAGCUAUUAUUGCAAUGUCAGCCCAAAAACAGGAUGGGAGAUGUUGGGCUGUCCUUUGUGUAGUAGUCCCUUUAGUUUAGAGAACCUCAGGCCCAACAAGGAGCUAGAAACCAUAAUUGAUAUGAUCAAGGGAAUGGAAGAGCAGGAUCAAGACAUGGUGUGUGAGGAACAUGAAGAGAAGCUCAAUCACUUUUGUGAAGAUGACGGUCAGCUCCUCUGCUGGCGCUGUUAUUGGAAAGGUCAGCACAAAGGUCAUACCUUGGCUGGUGUGAAAGAUGUGUACCAGAACUACAAGGUAAAACUCCAGAACACCAUGACAAAAUUGCGUGAACUUCAAGAGAAUCACGAAGUUGAGAUACAUUUCAUAACAAACCAAAAAAAUGCCUGGAAGGAUGCCAUAGAGGAUCGUCGGCAAACAAUCAAGUCUAACUUCAAGAAUCUCCAGAGUUUUCUACAGGAAGAAGAGAAGUUUUAUCUUUGGAGGUUGGAGAAUGAGGAAAAAGAGAUGCUGCUGCAGCUGGAGGGCAGUGAGGCUGAUCUACAGCAGACAUUUGAGAGAGCUCAAUGCCAAAUUCAGGAACUGGAGGCAAAAUGUCAGGGCUCAGCCCAGAAAUUGCUACAGGACGUGAAAAACACUUUGAGCAGGUGUGAGGCCAUGAAGCUAAAUCCACUGAAGGCUAAUCCCCUGAAGGUUCACACUAAAUGCAAUGUGUCUGAGCUGUACUUCGAUGUGAAGACGAUAUUAAGACGUCACCAAGUCAGCGUGAUCCUGGACCCCAGCACAGCCCAUCUUGACCUAGCUCUGUCUAAAGGUGGGAGAUUAGUGACUUACAAACGAUGCCCCAGGGAUCUUCAGGCAAGAUCUUCAGCCAAGAGGUUUUAUGGUUUACCCUGUGUCCUGGGCUGUGAGGGCUUUACUUCAGGGAGAUAUUACUUUGAAGUCUCUGUUGAGAAUGCAACCAGUUGGGAUGUGGGAGUCUGUUUAGAGAAUGUGCAGAGGGGCUUGAACAUGAAGAAGGAGCCUGAGUCUGGAUUCUGGACCAUCAAGAUGUCUGAAGAGGAUGGCCUUGAAGCUCUUACUUCUGCCCCUAUUCCUCCCCUUCAUCUGAGUGAAAAGCCCCAGAUCGUGGGAGUUUUCCUAGACUAUGAGGCUGGAGGGGUAUCGUUUUACAGUGUAACUACUGGCUCUCACAUCUUCACCUUCCCUAAGGCUUCCUUCCAAGAUACUCUGAGGCCCUUUUUCCAGGUUUAUCAAUAUUCUCCUUUGUUCCUGCCUGCCAUAGAUAAUCAAGGAAGGAAGUAAGUCCCUAUGCCUUAAGUAGCCCCA